AUGUCCGCCGUACCCACGAUUAAGUCGCACUUCGCAUCGUCUAACGUGACGAAGCCCGGCUUUGCGGUGCCCGUGGGGUCCGCCACGCACCCCAGCGGUAGCGUCGGCGUCUCGCAGCGGACCAACUCACCGUCCAACGGCCCGACGGCGAACUUCUUCACCAACGCCUCGUCGUCGUACCAGUCACACUUCGGUGACUUCAGCGGCAGCGGCGUCAACAUCGCCAUCGUGCAGCGCCUCUCCGCGACGAACGCCGCUGCCGCUGCAUCUGCUGCUGGUGGUGAUGGUGGCGGGGUGUCGCCCGGCGUGGGGGUGGUGGGUGGCGGUGUCCCCCCCAACGCACUCCCUGUCGGGGUCACCGUCACUUCCUCGGCGUUGACGACCGCCGGCGACGGCAGCAGCGCGCCGAUACCGAUUGCUUCCACGCCUCCCCUGACAGCACCCGUUGUUGGGGCCGCUGCUGCUGGUGGCAGUCCGUGCUCCGCUCCAGUGCCCGUCAGCGGCCCGCUCAGCUCUCCGUCCUCCCACGGCACGACCCCUCACCUGUUGGGCACCACCCCGACGGUGAAGUUUGCCUCGCCGAUGGCGGUCGGCACGUCGCCGAAGACGACGCCAACGCUGGCGGCGUUGUCGGCGACGAACAGCAUGAGCGAGCCGAGCGAGGGCACCGCGACGCCGGAGGUGCGGCGGGCGUCGGUGGCCAGCGGGGCCUCGCAGGACGGCGCGGCGUGCAUGACGGACGGCACGCUGCAACCCCCGACGAACAUCCACACCCACCACCUCAUGAACCACAACAAUGCAGCGGCUGCCACCAAGAUCGCUCACGUCGCGGCGCAGGCGGAGAUGGACGAGGAGGUGCUGAGCGACGCCCACAGGUACGCCAUCUUCGCCUUCUCGGGUGCUGGCGGGGUGUCGCCGUCGCCUACGUCGCCCGCUGCGCCGCAGUCCGGCACGUGCUCCCCCACGAGCACCACCCCACGCGUGGAUCUGACUCUCUCGCCGACCUCCUCCAUGCAAUUCGCUGCGCAGCAGCAGCAGCAGCAGCCGCAGCAGUACGGCUCUAACUUCUUGCCGACGGCACCGCUCACGCCGCUCAGUGCGCAGAGUAGCGGCAGCCACCACAGCAACGCCGGCAGUCACCACCCCGUCGUGAACGUCUACGACUCGGACUUCAAAACGCUGCUGUCCAUCCCAGCCUCGCAGGUCGUGCACCGCCCCCACCCCUCGCUGGGUGUGUCGCGCCUCGUGCUGUGCCGCAACUACGCGCCUGAGAACCCCGGCAACUGCAGCAAGGGGGAGAUGUGCAAGUUUGUGCACGCCGACAUCCGCAACGCCUCUCGGUGCAGCAUCCACGUGAACUACGCGUGGCGAAGCCUUGGGCUGUGCUCCUACCCUCGCCUGCCCGCCGGAGACGACCUGACCGUCCUGGCCCCCAACGAGCGCCCGCCGUCGGAAGUGAUUCCGUCCGAGCGCAUCCUCGUCACGCGCGGCAGCACGAACUGGCGCGAGCACACCGCACCGCUCUCGCACUGCGCGCAUUACUACUUCAACCGGAUGUGCAACCGCGGUGAGCGCUGCAACUUUAUCCACGCUGUGCACGUCGACCCGAACGUGCAGGGCGACUUCAAGCGCGCACCGGCCCCAACAGCGGUCGCACCGAUCGUGUCGAAGUCACCGACGUCGCCGGCGCUGCGGCCGUCCAGCGAGGGCGGUGGCAACAACUCCGCACGCUCGACGGGCGGCAACGCGCUGCCGCCGCCGCCGCCACCACCGAUGCAGCACCAGCAGCAGUGCGGUGCCUUCGGCUACGUCCAGAACGUCUACACGCCCCCGCCCCCUCCCCCGCCCGCGGGUGGGAUGGCCUACCCGCUCUCCAACUCCCCGAACGGGGGCGGCGGGCCGUACAUGAUGUUCUCGAGUGGCGGUGGGGCGACAGGCUUCGUGCCUGCGACGCUGGUGCCGCCGCCGCCGUCACACCUCGGCAAUUCCAACGGGGUGUAUCUGCUCGUGCCGGCCCCUGCUGGGAUGGGUUCGAAUGGCAGCGGGACGCCGAACAGUCCGGUGUCGCCGCUGGGGCAGUCGAUGGGGAGUCUGAGCAACGGCCCGAUUGACUGGUCCUUCUACGGCGAUUUGGAGACGUCGGCGUGGAUGCCGCCGUCACCGUCGUCGCGCAUGUGA